GAACGUUGAAAAAUCGUUGCACGUUUCAGUUUAAAAUUGCAUUUUUAGUUCAUUUUAUUUAAAAAAUUCUCCCAAUUAUGAACGACACAAAACUAUCUCAGAGCCACAUUGAUUUAAACGCUUCCUACUCGGAAGAGCUUAAAAAUGAGCUACUGAAGCUGCACAAAACCGAUCUUAUUGUAAACAUUCUAAAGCACCAAAAUGCGCCCCUUUCCGUUGAAAACCGUGCCCUGCUCAGUCUGUACCAGUUCGAUGGACCUUUGCCUUUAGGUCUGGACCACCUGCGCCACGUCGAACUGGCCUACCACGACCGGGUGGCGCUGAACCGGUUCGUCGAGUCCAAAAUCGUGGAACUGGCCCAGCCGGCGAUCCAAAAGCUGCGCAAACUGACCGACAACAAUCUGGAAGCCCUCGGAGCGGCUCCGUACAAGCAGCACAGCGAGGUGCUCGAACUGGAAGCCGAGAAGCGGGCGCUCUCGGAGAAGCUGCUGAAGCUCAAGAACCGCAAGAUUCACUUUAUGAACCUGUGCGCCGAAAUGCGAACCGGACCGUACCAGCGGAACAACGUCGAGACGAAGAACGCGGAGAGCAAGGAGCUCCAGAUUAAGGCAGAAACGAUACAAAAAGUGAUGAUUCACGAAGUCAUCACCAGCACGGCACACGCGGUCAAGGCGGUGAAGGAGGUUGAAGCCAACAUCGACAGUUUGCUUAGCCUGAAAUAAUGUAAGUUUUAGUUGAUAAGUUGCUACAGAGUGCGUUAGAGAACCGCUCACUUUAGUCAGUAAUUAGCAUCACCAGAGCUGUUCCGCGCAAGAUCCAAUAGUCCGGCGGUUUCCGUGUGUCCAGCAGAACGGACAGCACAAAGUUGGUUGAAUGGCCCGUGGUGGACAGGACGCCGGCUCGGACGCUGGUCUUGUAGAGAGGCGCCUCGUAGCGACGACCUUGCUCCAGCUCUACGCACGGCUUCAACCAAACCACCGGAAGUCGCGAAAUCAGCUCGCCCACCUUCGGGUCGCACAGGCCGCCCUCGCGCAGGUCCCAACGGCCAGCCUCGAUAAACAGGCCGUGGAUCAGUAUUCCGUAGUCCGGUACCUUUAGGUCUUCAAACAGCGAGUUGCUCUGUGAUU